AUGGACCAGACCAUCCAGGGACCAGACCAUCCAGGGACCAGGCCAUCCAGUCACCAGACCAUUCAGGGACCAGAUCAUCCAGUCACCAGACCAUCAAGUCACCAGGCCAUCCAGGACCAGGCCAUCCAAGCGGACCAGGCCAUCCAGUCACCAGGCCCAUCCAGUCACCAGACCAUCAGUCACCAGACCAUCAAGUCACCAGACCAUCCAGUGACCAGACCACCAGUGACCAGACCAUCCAGGGACCAGGCCAUCCAGGGACCAGGCCAUCCAGUCACCAGGCCAUCCAGGGACCAGGCCAUCCAGGGGACCAGGCCAUCCAGUCACCAAGCCAUCCAGUCACCAGACCAUCCAGGGACCAGACCAUCCAUGGAUCAGACCAUCCAGGGACCAGGCCAUCCAGGGACCGACCAGUCAUCGACCAAACCAUCCAGUGACCAGACCAUCCAGGGACCAGGCCUCCAGUCACCAGACCAUCAAAGUCACCAGGCCAUCCAGGGACCAGGCCAUUCCAGUCACCAGGCCAUCCAGGGACCAGGCCCAGACCAUCCAGGCCAUCCAGUCACCAGGCCAUCCAGUCACCAGGCUAUCCAGGGACAGGCCAUCCAGUCACCAGGCCAUCCAGGGACCAGGCCAUCCAGAACAGGCCAUCCAGUCACCAGGCUAUCCAGGGACAAGGACUCCAGUCACCAGGCCGUCCAGGGACCAGGCCAUCCAGUCACCAGGCCAUCCAGGGACCAGGCCAUCCAGUCACCAGGCCCAUCCAGGGACCAGGCCAUCCAGUCACCAGGCCAUCCAGUCCACCCAGGCCAUCCAGGGACCAGGCCAUCCAGUCACCAGACCUUCCAGGGAGCAGACCAUCCAGGUACCAGACCAUCCAGGGACCAGGCCAUCCAGUCACCAGACCAAUCAGGGACCAGAUCAUCCAGUCACCAGACCAUCCAGUCACCAGGCCAUCCAGUCACCAGGCUCCCCAGUCACCAGGCCAUCCAGCACCAGGCCAUCCAGUCACCAGGCCAUCCAGACCACGGCCAUCCAGCUCAGGCUCCAGUCCCAGGCCAAUCCAGUCACCAGGCCAUCCAGGUCACCAGGGACCAGGCAUCCAGUCACCAGGCCAUCCAGGGACCAGGCCAUCCAGUCACCAGGCCAUCCAGGACCACAGGGCCAUCCAGGGACAAGCCAUCCAGGGACCAGGCCAUCCCGUCACCAGACCAUCCAGGACAGGCUAUCCAGGACCAGACCAUCCAUGGACCAGACCAUCCAUGGACCAGACCAUCCAGGACCAGGCCAUCCAGGGACCAGGCCAUCCAGUCACAGGACCAUCCAGUCACCAGACCAUCAAGUCACCAGACCAAUCCAGGGACCAGACCAUCCAGGACCAGGCCAUCCAGGGACCAGGCCAUCCAGGGACCAGGCCAUCCAGUCACCAGGCCAUCCAGGGACCAGGCCAUCCAGGACCAGGCCAUCCAGUCACCAGACCAUCCAGUCACCCGACCAUCCAGGGACCAGACCAUCCAUGGACCAGACCAUCCAGGGACCCAGGCCAUCCAGGGACCAGGGCCAUCCAGUCACCAGACCAUCCAGGGACCAGACCAUCCAGGGACCAGGCCAUCCAGUCACCAGACCAUCAAGUCACCAGGCCAUCCAGGGACCAGGGCCAUCCAGGGACCAGGCCAUCCAGUCACCAGGCCAUCCAGGGACCAGGCCCAGACCAUCCAGGCAUCCAGUCACCAGGCCAUCCAGCACCAGGCCAUCCAGUCACCAGGCUAUCCAGGGACAAGGCCAUCCAGUCACCAGCGCCACCAGGACCAGGCCAUCCAGGGACCAGGCCAUCCAGUCACCAGGCUAUCCAGGACAAGGACACCAGUCACCAGGCCGUCCAGGGACCAGGCCAUCCAGAGACCAGACCAUCCAGUCAUCAGGCCAUCCAGGGACCAGGCCAUCCAGUCACCAGGCCAUCCAGGGCCAGGCCAUCCAGGGACCAGGCAUCCAGUCACCAGACCAUCCAGGACCAGACCAUCCAGGGACCAGACCAUCCAGGGACCAGGCCAUCCAGUCACCAGACCAUUCAGGGACCAGCACAUCCAGUAA